AUGGGAUGUCAGCUCCUGCUGCAGCGCCUGCGGCGAAAGACUAGAGGCGCCGGCGACGGCCUCCUGGCCGCGCUGCAGAGCGGCUUGCGCGGCCGGGGCGCGCAAGGCUCCGGCGACCCGGGCGACGCCGGCGGCGCCGCCGGGGGAGGCGGGCGCAUCCGCGAGGUGCUCCUCAGCUCCGUGGCGGGCGUGACCGUGGCGGUGUCCGCUGCCCUCUGGCUCAACCAGGCCAGCCUGGUCGACUCCGCAGCGGCCCGCCGGACGCGGCGGAUCGUGCGGCAGGCGUCCAUGGCCGUGUCGGAGGCGGUGCUGACACCGAUGAGCCGGCUGCUGCAGGGCUACCUGCAGCGCCAGGGCAGCCUGGGCGGCCAGAGCCCCCUGCGCUCCGGGAGGUGCCUGCCCGCCUCGUGGGAGGGCGCGCCCGAGGAGGCCCUGCAGGGCAGGAGGGGCAAGUUCGCCACCGCGGCCCACCUGGCCAUGGUGGGCACGCUCCCCUCACCCUGCUCUGCCAACACGGCGGCGCAGGGGUGA